UUUGCACGCAGCGCUCCAUUGAAGCUAGGACGUGUGAGUUAGCUACACGACAACGUCUCCUCAGUCGAACCAAAAUCAUUUUCAUAUUUUGGAAACUUGCUCAGCGUCCGCUCAAACGUUCAUCAUCAUGCGUGAAUGUAUCUCUAUCCAUGUCGGCCAGGCCGGAGUCCAAAUGGGCAAUGCCUGUUGGGAGCUGUACUGCCUGGAGCACGGCAUCCAGCCUGAUGGUCAGAUGCCUAGUGACAAGACCAUCGGAGGUGGUGACGACUCCUUCAACACCUUCUUCAGUGAGACCGGCGCUGGCAAGCACGUCCCUCGAUGCAUCUUUAUCGAUUUGGAACCUACCGUAGUCGAUGAGAUUCGUACCGGCACCUACCGUCAGUUGUUCCACCCUGAGCAGCUGAUCACAGGCAAGGAGGAUGCUGCCAACAACUACGCCAGGGGACACUACACCGUGGGCAAAGAGCACAUCGACCAAGCGCUGGACCGAGUCCGUAAGUUGGCUGACCAGUGCACAGGUCUCCAGGGUUUCCUCAUCUUCCACAGCUUUGGUGGAGGCACCGGCUCCGGCUUCACAUCCCUGUUGAUGGAGCGUCUCUCUGUCGACUACGGUAAGAAGUCCAAGCUGGAGUUUGCGGUCUACCCGGCUCCCCAGAUCUCAACAGCCGUCGUUGAGCCCUACAACUCCAUCCUGACCACCCAUACCACCCUGGAGCACUCUGACUGUGCCUUCAUGGUCGACAACGAGGCUAUCUACGACAUCUGUAAGCGUAACCUCGACAUCGAGCACCCGACCUACACUAAUCUUAACCGUCUGAUCGGUCAGAUUGUGUCCUCCAUCACUGCAUCUCUGCGCUUUGAUGGCGCCCUCAAUGUCGACCUGACCGAGUUCCAGACCAACUUGGUGCCCUACCCACGUAUCCACUUCCCCUUGGCCACCUACGCCCCUGUCAUCUCUGCUGAGAAGGCCUACCACGAGCAGCUAACCGUUGCAGAGAUCACCAAUGCCUGCUUCGAGCCGGCCAACCAGAUGGUGAAGUGCGAUCCCCGUCACGGCAAAUACAUGGCCUGCUGUCUACUCUUUCGUGGUGAUGUCGUCCCGAAGGAUGUCAACGCCGCCAUCGCAAACAUCAAGACCAAGCGCACCAUCCAGUUCGUCGACUGGUGUCCAACUGGCUUCAAGGUGGGCAUCAACUACCAGCCACCCACCGUCGUGCCUGGCGGUGAUCUGGCCAAGGUGCAGCGUGCCGUCUGCAUGCUGAGCAACACCACGGCCAUCGCCGAGGCCUGGGCUCGUCUGGAUCACAAGUUUGAUCUGAUGUACGCCAAGCGUGCCUUCGUCCACUGGUACGUGGGGGAAGGUAUGGAGGAGGGUGAGUUCUCUGAGGCUCGUGAGGAUCUGGCUGCCCUGGAGAAGGACUACGAGGAGGUCGGUCUUGAUUCAGUGGACGAAACUGAAGAAGAUGCUGGGGAUGAGUAUUAAUUUCAUCCUAAGGUCAAAACGAAAUAACCAUAUUCUUAUUCUUCAUGUAUCUUUCAACUACCAAAGAAUGCUUAAACUUAGGCACACAAUAACGUAAACCAAAAUUCAGAGUUACAAGACAAAAGGAUAAUACUUUUUAUUUCGAUCAAUCUUUUUCAAAAGAGAAUUUAGAAAUACCCCACUUUGAGGCAUCUCUUCAUAAUCCAGGACAACUGCAGAACUGUCUCUCUCUCAAUAGAGGUCGCUGUUUCUUGAUUCAUUUAUAAGAGGCUGAUAUUCUUUGGUGAACAAUAAAA